UCUCCUCUCCUCUGCCGGCCGAUCUCCUCCACCUGGGCACUAUUGUACGAUAUGAAGGAGCUCCGCACCCCCCGGGCACCCCUCUGCUGAUCCCCCCACCCACCCCGGACCUGGAUUACAGCUCUGAGCCGGGACUGUGUGCCGAGGACCCUCCGGACUGGAUCUACUGCAAGGAGGCAUGACCGCCGGGAUCUACUGCAAGUCCUAUGGGCGCAGAGAGACUGUGUCGGCUUCCUCCUAUUCUCCCGGACAUUUGCACUGUUCGUCGGUGUGACGCAGCGCUAUGCAUCCUGGGCCGUGGCAUCCACUACUUUGUUUCUCGCUUCUGUUGCUGUGCGCAUGUGGAGACGCAGAUGUGACUCCCCACUUCUUGUCAGAGCUCAAUUCCACAGUCCAGAAACCUGGAGUACCGGUCACCUUGUCAUGUCCUGCUGAACCGCCAUGGUCCCAUAUUUCUUGGUUAUUUAACGGGAGACUAUUGGAUAGAACACCGGAUGUGGACAUUCAUCUUGGUAACCUGACCAUUUUGUCUCUGGGUCUGCACCAUGCUGGCCGUUAUCAGUGCAUCAUCAACACCAGCAGAGGCUCCAUCAUCAGUACCCCUGCCAACGUGUCUGUGGCAUAUCUGGGGGACUUUGAAUCGGUAUCUAGAGUCAAUUUGGAGGCUGAAGAGGGAAGCACCGCCAUUAUAACAUGUGGUGUUCCAUCCAGUGUCCCACCUGCUCAGAUCCAUUACCGUGUGAGGGGGAAAUGGCUGGACAAGUCUACCGAUAAGUACUUCAUCCUACCCUCUGGAAACCUUCAGAUCGUAAAUGUGACGUUGGAGGAUCGGGGACCCUAUAGAUGUGCCGUGUAUAACCCAGUCACUCAUGAGCGGAAGAUAAGCCCUUCGGUUUACAAACUCGCUGUUACUGGUUCAGCUCACUCUGAUUUCAUCGCCGUACAACCAGUCCUUACUCAUCGUUUGUCUGUACAUCUGAAUGAGACGGUGACCCUGGAAUGUGCAGCCGGAGGGGUCUCUACCCCCCAUGUUCACUGGUAUAAAGAUGGGCAGAGUGCCACCGAUAAUAGAAGGACGUUGUUGCAUACUAACCUCGUGAUCAAGACUGUGGAAAGACUGGAUGCUGGGAACUACUCUUGCCUGUUGGCCAAUGAAACGCAGGAAGUGGCUCGUGUGAACUACAUGGUCAUUGUUGUAGAAGCUCCAUUGAUUUCCCGGGCCCCCGAGGACCAGGCUGCACCAGCAGGCAGUGACGUCACCUUUAUCUGCGAGGCUCAAGGUAAUCCAGUUCCAAAUAUCAUCUGGCUACACAACGCCGUACGAAUCUAUCCAUCAUCCCGCCUGCACCCUCGGGGGAACACGCUACAGAUCGCCAAUGUCGCUGAAGAGAAUUCUGGGAUGUAUCAGUGUAUGGCAGACAAUGGAGUUGGUGUGGUUCAGGCCUCUGCCAGGCUCCACAUACAAACAGGUUCAGGCUCCAGACCAGCUAUUGUAUCUCCGCCUACAAGUGUCAGCGUAGUGAUUGGAGACUGGGUCACCUUAACCUGUAAUGCCACCGGAAACCCCACCCCUUCCAUUCGCUGGUAUGACAACCUUGGACCAAUCAGCAGUCAUCCCUCUCAGAUCCUUCGGCCUAAACCUCGUAAAGCGUUACAGUCCAAGACGGCCGACAACCCCAGCCAAGACCCGCUACACGUGAUCAUGUCUCAUCCAGGAACCAGCUCCUUGUACAUCCCCGCUGUUACAAUGAAGCAUGCUGGGAAAUAUAUCUGUGAGGCUACCAAUGAGUUUGGUUCCACCCAGGAGGAGGCCACUCUGACUGUUGUUCCCUAUGAGGUCAGCACUCUGCGUUCAACCACCAGCACUCCAAGCCUUACUCGGACCACCGCCCACCCUACCUUUCCACCUACCGAUAAGCCAGUCAAUGGCGCUCUGCUUCCAGAGGCACCCAUCAUACUCAGCCCACCGCAGACAACCAAACCGGACGUGUACUACUUAGUGUGGCGAUCGGGACGAGAUGGCGGUCUGCCUAUAAAUGCGUACUUUGUGCGUUAUAGAAAGUUGGAUGACGACGGCAAUGUGGCAGGGCCCUGGAGUUCCAUCCGUGUCCCGGCCAGCGAGAACGAGUUUCCUCUGACGGAGCUCGAACCAUCCAGUCUCUACGAGGUUCUGAUGGUGGCCAGAAACGCAGCCGGUGAGGGGCAGCCUGCUAUGCUUACCUUCCGAACCAGCAAAGAAAGGAGUUCAUCUUCCAAGAACACACCGGCACUGUCCCCUCCGGCUGGGGCCCCCAAGCAAACUCCAUUCCACGAUAGUAAUUUUGGGUUGGUGAAUCCAGACACUUUCCGGCACAGUGGAGUCCCCGAAGCUCCAGAUCGUCCCACCAUUUCCGGCGCGUCUGAGACCUCCGUCUACGUCACCUGGAUCCCGAGGGCCAACGGAGGCUCCCCAAUCACUUCUUUUAAAGUUGAAUACAAAAGAGCCGGGAGACUUUGGGCUACUGCAGCAGAGAACAUCCCCCCAUCAAAACUGUCUGUGGAGGUCUCCAAUCUAGAUCCAGGUGCAAUGUAUAAAUUCCGGGUCAUCGCCAUCAAUAAUUACGGGGAGAGUAUGCGCAGUUCGGUUUCACGCCCUUACCAGGUUGCUGCAUAUGGCAGCCGACUACCCAAUCCGCUGAUUGUCGGUCCUCGCAUCGACCACACGGAGGCGGUGACGGACACGCACAUACUGCUGAAAUGGACUUACGUUCCAUCAAACAACAACAACACUCCCAUCCAAGGCUUCUAUAUCUACUACCGGCCCACCGACAGCGACAAUGAUGGCGACUAUAAAAGGGAUGUGGUGGAAGGAGCGAAGCAUCAACAUUUAAUCAGGGACCUGCAGCCAGAGACCUCUUAUGACAUCAAGAUGCAAUGUUUCAAUGAGAGAGGAGCCAGUGAUUACAGCAACGUCAUGAUAUGCGAGACUAAAGCCCGAAAGAGCCCUGGAGCCUCGGAAUUCCCGUCUCUUGAGCUCAGCACAACGUCGGCUUCAGAACGGCACCCAGGAGGAGGCUCCAGCUCAUCCAUCACUCUGGCCCGGAGCGGGGACAUGCUGUAUGUCAUUGUUGGCUGUGUGUUGGGCGGGAUGGUCCUUAUAUUGAUGACCUUCAUUGCCAUGUGUCUCCUGAAACAUCGACAGCAACGUCUCAUGCAUAAAUUUGAGCCGCCCGGCUAUCUAUACCAAGGAUCCGAUCUAAACGGCCAGAUGGUAGAAUACACAACGUUACCAGGAACCAACCGGAUUAAUGGAAAUAUCCACGGAGGAUUCAUUGGAAACGGGAAUAUCGCCAAUGGCUGUCCACACAUGCAUCACAGUGUACACAACGGCAUCAAUGGUCUCAUGAAUGGAGAGCUCUAUCCCACCUGCGGCAGUCCUCAUAAGGGGACAUGUCCAGACUAUGAACACUUACCUCACAGUAUUUCCAAUGGGGGCAUUCUUUAUACUUCCAUACCCCAGACAGAUCCCUCGGAGUGUAUCAACUGCCGAAACUGCUGCAACAACAACAGAUGUUUCAGCAAAACAACAAACGGCUCAUACAGUGGGAACGGUAUAUCCAGGACACCAUUGCCAGAGAACCAGGAAACAAGGCAACUUCUACAAGAAGCCGUACCCAUGAUCCUGUCCUCUCCUGAGGCUGAGUACGGGACACAGUCUGAGGAGGAAAUAAAAGAAAAGCCAUCAUCACCCUGUUUAUCAAGUCAGGAUGUACUGGAAGAGGUUCAAGGAGAUUCUGACAUCUGUGUAAAGGAAGAUGAUGCCACCUUGCCCCAGUCUCCUGAUACCCCCUCUAAUGACUCGCAGAACUGUGAUGAGAACAAAAGUUGGACGUUAGAAAACUCACUCAAUGACCUCCCGCAGCAAUCGCUGACACAAGAGGCCUGAACAGGAAGUGACUGUCUCCCUCUCUGUUACAUUGCAUCCCAUUCUGGUAGAGGAGAAAAUCCGGCUCGGCCCCCUUUAGACAAAGUAACGUGUAGUUAUUUCAGUCAAUGUUGGGCAACUUGUGAGAGACUCCAGCAGCUGAAGAACUGCAAAUCUCAGCGUGCCCAGACUGAAGGCCAGUUUGCUGGGACUUGUAAUUCCUGAACUAUUGAAGGGACUGUUGGUGGUUCAUACCGGAUAUGGAGGUGUAAGAGAAUUUUAAAGGGAUUCCAUUGCCAUCACACUGUGGGGGGGGGGGGGUCAUUUUGUGUUGCUUUGCCACUGUUCGGUCAGUUGGGCACUACUGUCGUUAUUUUCAGGGGUUUCACUUCCUGUUCCUAGUGCUCCUCUGUGUUCUUACACUGGCUCAGCCCUCAAAAACCGCUAUCCCCACGUUAAAGAAAAAGUGCACUUUCACACAAAGUUCACUUAUUAUUUUUACUCUCCUUCCCUGACCUAACCUACCCCAAUCCUCCACAGAUGAAUAUGUAUAUGGAUCCAGUGGCUGCGGUCUUUGGCGUUUGUUUACAAUCAGCGGUCACAGGUUUUCUCUGCCCUGGAGGUAGAUGAGCCCAGUGGAAGGAGGAAAAUAAUAAGUGUACUUUUGUUGUACAGUGCUAUCCUUUAUUGCUUUUUUUUUUUUUUUUAACAUUUUCUAAACUCUAUUUAUAAUUUGUGUACAAAAUAUAAAUUAAUCUGGGAAAUAGUUGUUUCCUAUUUAUUAUAAAAAAAAAAAAAUCUAGAAGGAGUUAUGGGAUAUUUUCAGUUGAUACAUACAGUGCCUCCUCCCUACUGGGAAAUAUUGUUCCUGUUUCUGAAGGAGAAGGGGCAAUAAAGACCCUGCAAUACCAACGUUCUAUUAGAAGAGCAGGGAACAUUUACAGACCCCCUCCUUGCCACCCCUCUCCUCCCC